CCCGUCGGGUGCGCGCCCCCGGGGGGCGUGGCCACGCGUUGCCAGGCGACGGGCACCGGCACUUCCGUGUUCCGGGACGCGCCGGGGGGAGGCCGCGCCAUGGAGGCCGCGGCGGAACGGAAGAGGCAGCGAGAGGAGGCUGCGGAGACGUCCGACCUGUCCGGAGAGGAUGAUGACGACUAUGUGCCGUACGUGCCCGUCAAGCAGCGCAAGCAGCAGAUGCUGCAGAAGCUGCUGCAGAUGCGGCGGAAGGUGGUGUCAGAGGAGGAGCAGCGGGACAGCGGGAGCGAGCAGCGGGGCGACGAGGAUGACAUCCCCCUGGGGCCCCAGUCCAACAUCAGCCUCUUGGACCAGCACCAGCACCUCAAGGAGAAGGCAGAAGCUCGGAAGGAGUCAGCCAAGGAGAAGCAGCUGAAGGAGGAGGAGAAGAUUCUGGAGAGUGUGGCAGAGGGCCGAGCUUUGAUGUCGGUGAAGGAGAUGGCAAAGGGCAUCACCUAUGAUGAUCCGAUUAAAACCAGCUGGAAAGCACCUCGUUACAUCCUGGGCAUGUCAGAGGCACGGCACGAUCGCGUGCGCAAGAAGUACCACAUCCUGGUGGAGGGGGAGGCCAUCCCGCCCCCCAUCAAGAGCUUCAAGGAGAUGAAGUUCCCAGCAGCUAUCCUGAGGGGCCUGAAGAAGAAAGGAAUCCAGCAGCCAACACCUAUACAGAUCCAAGGCAUCCCCACGAUCCUCUCGGGACGGGACAUGAUUGGCAUCGCCUUCACCGGCUCCGGGAAGACGCUGGUGUUCACGCUGCCGGUGAUCAUGUUCUGCCUGGAGCAGGAGAAGCGGCUGCCGUUCUCCAAGCGCGAGGGACCCUACGGGCUCAUCAUCUGCCCCUCGCGGGAGCUGGCCCGGCAGACCCACGGCAUCAUCGAGUACUACUGUCACCUGCUGCAGGAGGACGGCCUGCCCCCCCUGCGCUGCGCCCUCUGCAUCGGGGGCAUGUCUGUCAAGGAGCAGAUGGAGACUAUCAAACAUGGUGUGCACAUGAUGGUGGCAACCCCUGGCCGCCUGAUGGACCUGCUACAGAAGAAGAUGGUGAGCCUGGACAUCUGCCGUUACUUGGCCUUGGACGAGGCUGACAGGAUGAUUGAUAUGGGCUUCGAGGGGGACAUCCGCACCAUCUUCUCCUACUUUAAAGGCCAGCGGCAGACCCUCCUCUUCAGUGCCACAAUGCCGAAGAAGAUCCAGAACUUUGCCAAGAGUGCCCUGGUGAAGCCCAUCACCAUUAACGUUGGGCGAGCGGGUGCUGCCAGCCUGGAUGUGGUGCAGGAAGUGGAGUAUGUGAAAGAGGAGGCCAAGAUGGUGUACCUUCUUGAGUGCCUGCAGAAGACCCCGCCACCUGUGCUGAUCUUUGCGGAGAAGAAGGCGGAUGUCGAUGCGAUCCAUGAGUAUCUGUUGCUCAAGGGUGUGGAAGCUGUAGCCAUUCACGGAGGAAAAGAUCAGGAAGAACGGACAAAGGCCAUCGAGGCCUUCCGAGAUGGGAAGAAGGACGUCCUGGUUGCCACCGACGUCGCUUCCAAGGGCCUGGACUUCCCAGCCAUCCAGCACGUUAUCAACUACGACAUGCCCGAGGAGAUCGAGAACUAUGUUCACCGUAUCGGGCGUACAGGCCGCUCGGGUAACACUGGCAUUGCCACCACCUUCAUCAACAAGGCCUGCGAUGAGUCGGUGCUGAUGGACCUGAAGGCCCUGCUCCUGGAGGCGAAGCAGAAGGUGCCACCUGUGCUCCAGGUGCUGCACUGUGGAGACGAGACCAUGCUGGACAUCGGAGACGAGCGGGGCUGUGCCUUCUGCGGUGGCCUGGGCCAUCGCAUCACCGACUGCCCCAAGCUGGAGGCCAUGCAGACCAAGCAAGUCAGCAACAUCGGCCGCAAGGACUACCUGGCUCACAGCUCCAUGGACUUCUAAGCCUGGAGAGCUGCGCUGUGCUCUCCCUUUCAGCCACCCUUACCUUUCCCAAGCCCAGGGGCCUGUCCUGCACUGCAGUGGCCCCUUUUCCAGGCAUUUGGGCACUGGGGCUGUUGCCAGCUCAGCCUGAUGCAGCUCCAGCGGCGGGAGGAAAUGCGUGGAGCUGUGCUGCAACAGCCCAUUACACCAUCAUGAAGUCAGUGGGGAGUUGGGCAAGCAGGUAGCAGUGCCUGAGGGGAGGAGGAAGCCCCAGGUGGGGCAACUGCUCUGUGCCCAGCUGCCUGCUGCCCCUGCCAGCGCCCUGCCGCAGCAUGGUUAGGUCACUCCUCUCCAAAGCCCCUCAGUCCUUCCAGGGCCGUCCCCCUGAGGAGGGUUUGUGCAUUCUGAACUCCAGGCUCUUCUUCUAUCCCCUCUGCCACACCGUGGUGCUGGGGCACAGUGUGCUGUGCUCUUGCCAGGAGGGCCUCGAGGUGCUUCCUCUGCUCUGUCUGCGUAUGUUCUGCCCCACUGGCUCUGUGUGAGGGAAGGGAGGGUGGGCGGACGGACGGACAGACACCUCCUGUGGCCCAACCUCUGCUCCUCAUCCCACACACCAAAAAGGGGAAGUCUCUGAGAAGGAAGUCUGCCCCGUGCAGUUGCUCUGGCUGCAGCAGUCACAUUUUCUCUGCUGCUGGUAGCCUGAGUGCCCCGUCCUUGUGCUGGCUGGGCGCAUGGAGAGGCCGGUGAAGGAUGGGAUCCUGUACGUGCAGCACUGCAAGUUUGGAAAGGUAAAGGUGGGAUUUGGGGCUGGGUACAGGAUUUGCCUGGAUCCCCCUCAACACCAGGGCCAGGCCCACAGCAGCGUGGGAACAGGGGAGUUGAGCCAGGCGCCAGGGAGCUGCCCUGGGGGAGCCCUGGGCUGUUGCUGCAGCCGAAGGGACUCGGCUGUGCGGGCUCUGCCGCCCCUCGCCCUGCGUGGCCCCGUCUCGCUCUGUCAGCGCGUGGUUCGCAGCGAGGCAAUAAACUCGUGUCCCUGA